GCCAACACAGGUGCUGUUGUUCAGGAAGGUGGCAAAGUUUUAAUUGACAAAACUAAGCUAGAUGGCUCAAACCUACUCUCUAAAUUACCCCAGACACAACGUUCUGCAUUUGAAGUGUGGUAUGAAGUUGUAGCAUUGCCCCAGCAUGGCAGAAUUGUUGUGGGAGAACGAAAUAUUACUAGAGACAAGCCCCAUUUCUCCCAGUAUAUCAUUAAUAAAUUUGGAAUCACCUAUGUGCACGAUGAUUCCGAAUCACUCACUGAUCACUUUAUCUUCGCUGUUUGGCUAAAUGAGAAAAGCAAGUCUGCUGUGAAACCCAAUAUUGAUGUUUUAGAAGAGGCAUUUAAUAUUACUGUUGUACCAGUGAAUGACCAAGUUCCAAAACUAAAGUCAAAACUGCUAUGUUUGAAUGUUUUACAAGGAGAUAGAACAGUUCUAGGACAAGAUAGCCUAAAUGUUGAAGAUUUGGAUAACUCACCAGAAGAGAUUAAAUAUACCAUUAUAACUGAUCCCCAAAAUGGACAUUUAGCACUGUGGUCUCGUUUGAAUGAAUCUAUCAAAGAUUUCACGCAAGCUGAUAUUAAUGAUGGUAGUGUUUGGUUUGUACAAGAUGGGAGCCCUCUCUCAGGGGUUUUCUAUUUCAGUGUGACUGAUGGGCAGCACCGUCCACAGUAUAAACUCUUUCGGCUUGAUGUGAUACCGCUGUCCAUCACAUUGAUUAACUUAACAGAAGUGGUUCUUCUGCAGGGACAAGACAGAGUUGCUAUUACAAAUGUCCACCUUUCGGCAACAACAAAUGGGAAGAACCCUGAAAUCAUGUUUGAAGUAACAAAGCCUUUUAGAUAUGGGAAUCUUCUGAUUGAGAAUGAACAGGUGACUAGAUUUCACCAAAGAGAUUUAUAUGCAGCAAGACUGUUGUACUGUAUGACAGACUUCACUGCCUUUGGUGAUACGUUAGAAUUUGCAGUGUUCACACCAGACAGUAAUCUAACAGGACAGGUUCUGAAGAUCUUAGUACAACCUCUUUUGCAAAUGGCCCUAAACGUGACCAUUCUCAACGGGAUGUCUUAUCAGCUCAAUGCAAGUUAUUUGGAUGCUACACAGUUAGCCAACUUGACAAAAAGCAAUCCCCAGUUUGAAGUCAUAAUGUCACCAGUUUAUGGGAAUCUUUCAAGGAGGUCACUGAGUAACACUGAAAGCAAGAGCCUGGUUCUCUUCACAAAAAGAGACAUUGACAUGGGUGUCAUUUUCCUUGAAACCAGUGCUAAUAUGACAAAUGCUGAUGUAUUAAAUGAUUCCUUUUCCUUUAUACUUAGAGCAGACAAUAUUCAGCCUGCUAUUGGUGAGUUCCACUUUGUCAUAGUGCGACAUGAUCCUUCACCAGUUCAGGUUUUUACUCCAAAAGUGCCUUUCUUAACUACUGCUGACAUUUUAGAAAGUUACAUUACAGAAGAUGAAUAUCUGUUUAUCCCAAAUCAUGGCGCGCACACAGAUGUACCAGCACAGACUUUCAGGCCUGACCAAAACCAUUGGGAGCAUCAGAAAGAUAGACAGUUUGAUGAAGAUAAUGCUAGAGGCAUAUCUGUUUGGGCUGUGACCACAAUAAAAACACAGUCUGAGAGCUCCUGGCUUCAGACACCAAGCAGCAGGAACUGGUUGAUCAUCAUCAUACCCCUUUCUUCUGUGACUGCUUUAUUCAUUAUAAUUGCCAUUGUUCUUUGUAUUUUCCUAAUGUGCCACAGAUCAAAGAAGGCAAAACCUCUUAUUUUAGAACAGCCACCAGUAAUUCUCAACAGUUCAAGCUUUUCUCCAGAGAGGAGCUUAACAAUACCUACUGUCACAGUAACACCUCUCUUAAAAAACACAGACAAAACAUCUGUUUUACCAUUCAUGUCCCUCCAGCGGGAACAGCGUCAUCCAGUGCCAGCUACUCCAGCUCCAGCUGUCAGUCUUUUGCAAAACACCUGGUCCAGCCUUGACCCAGAAAUUAUUCAGCACUGUCGAAAAACCCACCCAACAUUAAAAUGCAAUCAGUACUGGGUAUAAUAUACCAUUGAAACCAGUAAAGAAUGCUCAGUUUUGUACUCUGCUUAUU